CUGCAAUUCACUACUACUAGCCAACCAACAAUGUUCACUGUCAAAGCAACCUACCGUGGGGAGACCCGCAAAUUUACUUUUACUGAUGCUUAUGCGUUCCCUUCUUUCCUUCAAUUGUACAACCAGCUAUAUCGUGUCUUUCCCCAUCUCAGUCAUAGUUACUUUCUUUCCAAGCUUCUCUUCUCGCCCAAUUCCUCAGCUUCUCGCAUUCUAGUCGCCCGGGAGGUGCACAACGCUGACGAGUACAGGGUGGCAAUGUCAAAUCCUAGUCUACUGGGAAGGUGGCCGAGUCCGAUGCUCAAGUUUAGUGUGUUUGACGAGUCGCCUCACAAGCCGACAUUUGCGAGUGAUUUGGCCCAGAUUCAGUGGCGUCCGCCAGUCAGAGUCUGCCAUUUCCUCGACCCCCCCUCUUCGUCACUGUCCCCAGCACAGCCCCCACCCAACUUUGCCGGCAUCCCCCCGCCACCCAUCCUCUUUUCGUCGCCACCCAGACCCCAGACACUUCCCCCCAUGGACGUCGAUCAAUUCGCCCUCCCGCCACAGCCAUUCCCGACUCGAUCUCCUUCCCCGCAGCCAUGGUCUCAGCCGCAGCGACCAACUCAGUCACAGAAGCAGUCUUCCUGCUGCGCCGUGGCCCAGGCAAAGGAUGAUAUACGCACCCUCAUGGACACAUUUAAGAGGGACCUUGACCGCAUCCUCAAAGGAGCCUUUGGCGACAACUUCCUCGACCAGAACAUGUCUUCUCAGCCCCCCCAGAGCGUCUUUGGAAGGCCCUUCGUGCCACCUAUGCCUUGUAUGUACCAUACCUGUGCCAAGUGUUUCAAGCUCUUCCAAGGGCCAUGGCAGUCCUGUCAAAAGUGUGCUCGUAUUGUGUGCAAUGAAUGCUGGCAGCACCCCCCUCUGUUCGAGAGUCCUUGCGUCGAAACCUUGGGUCGUCACACAUACAAGCUAGAAAGAUGUGGUGGCUGCCCCAAGGACCGGCAGCCGUUCGAUCCGCUGGAUCCUAUUCCACCUUUGCAAGCCUUCACACCGAUGUCAUUCCCCCCCCUUCCCCCGCCGCCACCGCCACCACCGCCACCACCCUCUCAUAUUCCUAAUCCUUUCGCACAGCCAAUGCAGCCCUUCUAUACCUUCAAUAACAUGUCACCCGUGACACCGUUUAUCCCUCCCAUGGUUCCCGACACUCCUGCGACUGUCCAACUCAACCUUACCCCUGGGCCUCGUGUCAUAGAGGCUCCAAAGCCAGUAGAGACUCCCGCUGCGCCACCGACCAUCCAUUACGGUGUCAGGUGUGACUGUUGCUCAGAGCAGAUUGAAGGAAUCAGACACAAGUGCUUGGAUUGCUCUGAUUACGACCUCUGCACUAAAUGCAUCACUACAGGUGCUGCCGAACGACAUGAUCCCUUCCACGAGUUCUGGGAAGUCGUUGAACCAGGCCGCGUCAUCAUUUCUCGCGUCGGAAGCACCGCUCCACCGGCACCUGCCCCGGUGCCCGUGCCCCAAGGUCCCACGCCAGCCGUUAGCCCUAUUCACUGUGCGACUUGUGAUCUCUGUGACUCCCGCAUUCGAGGUGGCCGUUAUAAAUGCGCUAAUUGUCCGGAUUUCGACACAUGCGGCUCCUGUUACGCUAUUACCAAGGAACAGCACCCCCAUCAUACAUUCAUCAAGAUUUCCAACCCCGCUGAUUACUUGCGUUCCAAUGGGCCUGUAGGUGCCAUGCACAUGGCGGUUUGCAAUGAUUGUAACAAAAGUAUUUACGGCGUCCGAUACAAGUGCAUGCAUCACGAAUGUCUCGAUUUUGACCUUUGCGAACGCUGUGAAGCUAUGCCAAUCUCUGUUCAUCCUCCCAACCACCCUCUUCUGAAGAUGAAGUCGGCAGAUACCGUCAUUCCCACAGUAUACCGCGUCGGUCAAACCACGUUGAUUGACGUCGACGCAGAUCGAGGUCGCUCUCCUCUCAGGUUGAGCACCCCUCUGUCUUAUAUGACUCGGUCGCGUUCUCGCUCCCGCUCUUAUGAUCGUGGUGUCCUUCGCAAUCCGUCUUGGGCAAAUGCGCCUCUCGUUAAGGGCUUCCCGUUUACAUUAAGGACUCCGUCUCCUCUUCCUUCCCCUCCCAUGACAAUUCCUGGUGCACUUCCGGCCUUUACCCCCAUGUCUCCUCUUAUGCCUCCUACAUCUAUCCCAGUUCCUGUCUCUGAUUUACCGACUCCUUUGCCCGAAGCUAAUUCUCCCUUUCUUUCUCCUUCAGCAUCUGCGUACAUUCCUCCCUGUAUCACUCCGCCUGCAGAACAGUCUCCUUUCAUGACGCCGGCCUACAACCCCACGUACCUGACCAGGUCACCAUCACCGCCUUAUCACCCGGCUUUUAACGAGAGACUUCCCCUUCCAGAUACGAUGGUGGUGUCACUUCCGAGUUUGGCUCACACCCCCAUUCCUUCAGCUUCUGCUUUCCAGUCCACGGCGGGUUCCACAACCAUCUCAGCAACUGAUGGUGAAGUUUGUUCCGUACACUAUCCCGAUGUAGUUCCUAACAGCUCCUCGCACCUACCCUCCUCCCUCUUUGAGCAAUUCCGUCAGAGGUUCUACAUUGAUGAUGACGACUAUGCCCCUUGUGAACAGACUUGUAUCCCCGAUGACAAUCAUUCUGUGAUUCCGUCGGCCAGAGAGCCCUCCGCCAAGUCGAACAAGGCCUCCAGGCCGUACCCGCAAUUGUCGUUCCCCGAGUUGACACAUCUGAUGGAACCUUCGUUGCCAAAUAGCCCAACACCGGAGACUUUCCUGACGCCUGUCAACCAGCACUCGAAUGUCCCUAAUGUUGAUGUUGCAGAGGCUAAAUCAUCUGUGCCUCAAGUGGAGAAGACUGCUCAGGACGUUUCGCCGUCACUUCCUUCUCUCCCGCCCCUUCGGCACCUUAGUAUUCCGGACUUGCUCAUCUCAUCACAGGAAUCUCUGGCAUCUGAAACUGUAAUCCCCGAUUACAAGGCGAAAGCUGUUACCACGUUUUCUCAUGAUGACUUCCGGGCUAUCAUUGAGACCAAAGCUGAUUUUGUUGGAGAUGUCACCGCACCGGAUGGUCAAGUCUUCCCCCCAGGUGCCGAGUUCAUGAAGUGCUGGCGCAUGAAGAACAGUGGUUUGAAUGAUUGGGAGGAAAGCACCGAACUGAUGUUCGUGGCGGGAGAGCCGUUUAUGCGUGACUCGGGAACGUACGUUCUGCCUGUUGGAUCUGUACGUGCUGGUGAAGAGGUUGAUGUUUGGACUGGGGAAUUAAAGGCUCCUGACGCUCCUGGAAGAUAUACUGGCUACUGGCGCUUGAAGAAUGGUUCGACUGGUCAAUUGUUCGGGGAUAGCAUUUGGAUUGAUCUUGUUGUCGCGGAGCCUCAUCGUCAACAGGCGAGUAGCGCAGUUUCUGAAGUACCCCCUUCGAUGACAUACUCGUCCGUGAUUGUUAUGCCUAAGGCACCCGAGAGCCUGCAGCCGCUGGAAGUAACUCAACAACAGUUCGAGCGGCUGAGCCUUUCGAAUUCAACUCCUGCUUCUCCGGUAACCGCACCAUCCUCUCAAGAUGUUAUCUCAGUUGCUGGGUCCGAGGAAUCCUUCUCUGCCUCAUUGGUCAGUGUGCCUUCUUCGGAUUCGUCCGAUGAGGAACUAUGGGAAGAAAGCCGGAUGAACGCGUCAACUGCGGACAGUCAACGUACUGCCGUACCCCCGAGAUCGAAUGCUUUGGACUAUGUGGUGUUGUACGAUGAGAACUCCUCAUCAGAAGAUGAUGCUUAAAGCUUAAAGCCCGAAGAAAAGAAGCUUUACUGAAAGUAGAUCAAGUGAAGUGAUGUGACUGUUCGGAGAUCCUUUGGAGGACUCUUGUAUUAGUGUAACUUUUAUGACUUUGUAUGAAAUUUAUUACAGAAUAUAUACGGCGAUUGCUACUAUAUAAUUUCCGUUAUUGAAUGUUGCAGCGACGGUUCUUUUAACUUCUUGAACGUGAUAUGUACUAGGCAGCAGGCUUGUCCUGAUCUACGGGAGCGCGAGGCGAGAGGCGAUGAUUGAGGGUGUAGGAGAGAUGUAUGUCAUUAGGAAAAACAAUGG